UCGCCCUCCGUCUCGAUUGCCAUUGCGACGGCGCGAUUCGAAAAUGGCGCUCGUGGCCCAGUGCUGGAAUCGGCUACUCGCCGGCGGAGGCAGCACGGAUGCCCCUCGGUCACUCUUCCACUGCCUCUCCGCCGUGAGAUCCUACCACGGCGCGCGGUAUGAAGUGAAGGUUGGGAUCCCGGAGUUCUUGAAAGGGGUGGGGAACGGGGUGGAGGCCCACGUCGCGAAGCUGGAGGCAGAGAUCGGGGACUUCCAGAAGCUUCUUGUAACCAGAACCCUCCGCCUCAAGAAUCUCGGCAUCCCUUGCAAACACAGGAAACUGAUUUUGAAUUACAGUCAAAAGUAUAGGCUGGGACUCUGGAGGCCUCGAGCUGAGCCUCAAAAACCAUGAUCAGCUUCGCUUGCAGUUUUGAAGCAACCGCUUUGGAAGCGAUAUCUGACUGUUAGUCUGCAACUAGAAUGCAAGUGCAAGGCGCUAGGUAUAUAUAUAUAUAUAUAUAUAUAUAUAUAUAUAUAUAUAUAUAUAUGUUAUGCCAGCCAGUCAGAAUGCUUUUAGAUGAAAAGAAGUAUAUGUGCUAAUAUUAGGAUCACAAGUUGCCAGUUUGACUGAAUAUGCUUUGUCCUUAUCAAGUAUGUUUUGUCAACUUAAUUUCUUAGAGAAUUCUGGCUGUUCAAGUGAUUUGUUGAUUUCAGUCCCAUCAUGGUCUAUUUAAGUCUUUUUACAGUUUACUUUAUAAAUUUGUAUGGGUUUAAGAUGUGCAUAAAAAGUCAUUUAUAUCUAUGUAUCUGCAAUUUUAUUAA